UUUGAUAGGGGGCGAUGCGGAGCGCUCUUUCAUGCAGCAGGGGGAGGAAAGGCAGCUGGAGCGGAGGCCGGAUCGAGUGUCGCUCUGGGCUGGAAGUGGACACAAUCCAGGGAAAAAGAAAAAAUCAAGGAAAAUCUAGAUUUUUUUUUAAAGGGCAGAAACCCAGAAGCUUUUCCAGAAGAAGGCUGCGAUCCAAAAGCGGUGCUCAUUAGGCUCGCUCCGGAGCAGCUCGGUGCGGCCCUUCAUGGACGGAUGGAUGCUGCGAACUGCCGCUCCAACUAAGUUUGUGCGCACGAUAUUCCUCCUUUCUCGCGCGCCUCUCUCCUCCUCCGUUUCCCACGUCUAACCUCCCGCGUUCGCGCCGGCAGCGGACAGUCGCCGAGGAGCUCUUCGUACCGCCGCUUCGCUGCAGAAUCAUCAUGUGCGAAGCGCGCUGAGCGGGCGGGCGGGCGCGCGCGCGCUGUCAUUGAUUGAGCGUCCGGGCGGAGCGGCGCUCGUGGGGGACCCAUGCUGCACGCGCACGACUUCCGAAGGAGAGACACGCGAGCGCAGUGCGGGCAAGAAGUGCACGUGUAACGUCGGAAAAUAGUUGCUCCUUUUUUUUGCCCCAAAACUCGCUUCCAUAUCCAUAUCGGGGGAUAAAACACGUCCUCGAAGUACUAGCAUGUGGACGCGGAUCAGUCACUCACUGCCACAUUCCUGAGUCACCGAUGCCCCAGAUUAUGAAUUAACUAACGCCGUGCAACUUUUUCCUCCCUUUUUUCGUUUUUCUUUUUGUUUCAUCUUUUUUUUUUUUUUUUAUUCGCACGAAGAGACGAAGCGUCAAAGCGUCGCGAAGCUGAAACGCACAGCUCCGCGUGCCGUGGACGAGCGGAGACACCUGUUCUUGCCCACGAGCGAUCGCGCCGAAGGUGAGAGAGCAGCUCGAGAAGAUGCUGCCGCUGCUGAAAUGGACCGCGGUUCCGCUCCUCGUGCUUUUGAUCACCAGCUCCGGGACACAUGCUGGGGAAGAUCAUGACUCUUUCAGUGCUGAGUCAUGGCUGCGGAUGUACGGCUACCUCCCCCAGGCCAGCAGGCAGAUGUCUACUAUGCGCUCAGCACAGAUCCUGUCCAGCGCUAUCAGCGACAUGCAGCGCUUCUACGGCCUCACCAUCACCGGCGAGCUGGACCUGGACACACUAAAGGCUAUGAGGAGACCUCGCUGUGGUGUCCCGGACAAGUUUGGGGGUCAAAUCAAAACGAAUGUGCGACGGAAGCGCUAUGCUCUAACCGGUCACAGAUGGAACAAAAAUCAGCUGACGUUCAGCAUCCAGAACUACACGCCGAAAGUGGGAGAGUACAAUUCUUAUGAGGCCAUCCGUAAGGCCUUCAAGGUGUGGGAGAGUGUGACACCUCUAAGAUUUGAGGAGAUCCCCUACCACGAGAUCAAAUAUGGCCGGCGAAAGGAGCCCGACAUUUUGAUCUUCUUCGCCUCAGGCUUCCACGGUGACAGCUCGCCCUUUGAUGGCGAGGGUGGCUUCCUUGCCCACGCCUACUUCCCGGGUCCUGGGAUGGGUGGAGACACACACUUUGACUCUGAUGAACCCUGGACAGUUGGCAACCAUGACUUGUCUGGGAAUGACCUCUUCCUUGUGGCAGUGCACGAGCUAGGCCAUGCACUGGGCCUGGAGCACUCCAACAACCCCUUAGCUAUCAUGGCUCCCUUUUACCAAUGGAUGGACACAGAGAACUUCCAGCUGCCAGAGGACGACCUGCGUGGGAUCCAGCAGAUCUAUGGCCCACCAGACAACACCCCCACAAAAACCUUGCCCACCGUCACCCCCCGCCACCCAGCUCAACCUGAUCCCAAGCCCCCUAACCCUCCAAAGACCCCACCCGGUCCACCUCCGCGUAGGCCAGACAAGCCUCGCACCACAGAUCGCCCGGACCAUUACGGGCCCAACAUCUGCGAGGGCAACUUUGACACAGUUACAAUGCUGCGGGGUGAGAUGUUCGUCUUCAAGGGCCGUUGGUUCUGGAGGGUCAGGAGAAACCGAGUUCUGGACAAUUACCCGAUGCCAAUUGGCCACUUCUGGCGGGGUCUGCCUGGAGACAUCGAUGCUGCUUAUGAACGGCAUGAUGGGAAGUUUGUGUUUUUUAAAGGGAGCAAAUACUGGCUGUUCAGGGAGGCAAAUCUGGAACCUGGGUACCCUCAGGAGUUGACUAACUACGGACAGGACAUCCCAUAUGACAAGAUUGAGACGGCCAUCUGGUGGGAACCUUCUGGCUUCACAUACUUCUUCAGGGGAGACAGGUACUGGCGGUUUAAUGAGCAGUCCCGCACUACCGAUAAAGAUUACCCAAAGCCAAUAAGCGUGUGGGGCGGGAUCCCGCCUUCUCCCAAGGGGGCCUUUCUCAGCGAUGAUGGAGCAUACACAUUCUUCUACAAAGGGACCAAGUACUGGAAGUUUGACAACCAUCGGAUGAAGUGUGAACCGGGGUAUCCCAAAUCCAUCCUCAGGGACUUCAUGGGUUGCAGCGUGGACCUGGAUCCAGACACGGACAGAGACACAGAUACCAAGUGGCCCAACGUGGACCAGCCACCAUUCAACCCGGACGCAGGACGUACCAAUGACGUAGACUAUAAGGACGAAGACAAUGAGGUGGACGUGGUUGUCAAGAUUGAUGAGAGUGAGACCCGCACCAUGAACAUCAUCAUGGUGACUGUGCCUCUGGUCCUGGUGCUGUGCAUCCUGGGAUUGAUAUACGCUAUCAUAAACAUGCUGCAGAGAAAAGGGGCACCCAAGCUGCUGGUGCACUGCAAGCGCUCCCUGCAGGAUUGGGUUUGACCACUCAACUUUGAUCUGUUCACAAUCAUCAUGCUUCAUUGUCAUACACCUUACACAUACAGCCAAACACACAGACCAACACACAACGUCUUGCUCCCAUGGUGCUCUACCCAAUCUUUUGACGAGUUUAUUUAUAUCAGAGUUUGCACAUAGUUUUUUUUCAGUUUUGUUGUGUUUUUUUUGUUCAGUUCAUAUUGCAUUUUUAUUUGAUUUUUUUUAAAAUGAGGAAUUCUGCAGUUCCGCUUCAUGCACCUAAUGCAGAGGAUUUCUAUCACGGUUUUGGUAGGAAUCAAAUAAAACAAUAUACUGGAGCAGAGAGAGAGAAGGGAAAUGACCCUCUUCCUCCUUAUUACCCAUUGAAACGCACAGGAAGAAAUGCGGCUCAUUGGAGCAGCAGAGCCGUGCCUGGGGUUGACAUUCAGAACAGGUUUCUGGUCACCCUGCUCACAAAGCCAUUGCAGUUUAAAACAUACAUUGAUUGCACACAUAGUCUACUGGUGUACAGUGCUGGGUUUUCUAGCUGUUCCAGAACUUCCAAAUGGGGAUUCUCAGCCAACACAUGACAUUCUACGUCUUCUGUAGACUUUUUAUAUUAUUGCAGGAUGUGUUUUGAGUAGACAAUAUGUUAUUAGCUUAAAAGUACAUGGUCCAUAGUGAAGACGCACACAGAAGAUGACCAAUAAUGAUUAGUGGUAAAGGGUUUGCUAGAUUUAUAGGACAAGUCUUUUUUGUUUAGGUGCACAGGAAACCUAAUGUUUUUUUUUGAUCUACACCCAGACCCAUCAGAAUUCACCCCAUAGGCCUCCUGCAUACAACCCAGUCCUGGUGGAGAAUCAUCUCCCUGAGCCUUUGGGGAGAUAUCAAAUAAGUCAGAGUUUAAGGACAGCAGGUGUGCAGAAACACAACCCUCUGCCCACCCGGCCACAUUGCUCGGCCAGUCUUAGCACAGUCAAGAUCUGACUAUGAGAAGGCAGGCUAGCAAAGGACAGACAUGAGGAGCCAUCUGCUAGAGUUCGCAAGGAAUGGAGGAGGAAAUCUUAUCUGUUGAAUAUGCAGGGAGGCUUACUGUUAUUAUAGAUCCCAGCCUGGUUUGCAUUACACAGAUGCUGCUGAUUUGGGGGCAGCCGGCUGCCAGCGAAUCUCCACUGAUUUCAGUUCUGCUUACUAAAGGGGGUGCCUUAGGGGAGAGGAAAAAGUCUGUCCUUGAUAGGGUCCUAUUGGCACCGUUCCACAUGACCUACAGUGGGGAGCUCAGUUUUUUCCCCCUCCUGGUUUUUGAAUGUGUUUGUGUGCCCCAGAGUUAUUUACCCUACGAGAAAAUGCUUUCUCUACUCAUUAAAAUGUCUUGUGACCUCACUUGAAACCAGAAGGGACACUGAUUUCACAGUCUGAAAAAGAGAACAAAAUGGACAAGAGUUUGCUGUGUUUUCAAGGAAUAGAUGCAUAAAAGUUACAUUGGUUGUAUCAGUAGAAACACAAACAAAUUGCAGGGUCACUGAAAACAGGCCAGUGUCUUAUAACCUUGGGUGUAUAAAGGUAUAUAGAAGUGCUUCUGAUGGAAAUGGACUAUUUUACUUUUUAAACCCGUUCGACACGUCGUCUUCACAUGCCUACAUUUCAGAAUAUUACGAUCUUCAGGACAAAAAGAAAGGUUUUAUAAACAUUAGUAUGCCAGCCAACAUAAGGAAAAGGAGGGCUUAAUGAAUACUGUUGACCUGGGAGGAGUCUGUCAGUGAUGGAUCCUGUUCAUUCUGGUUUCCUUCCAGCCUUGUGCCGUCUCCCCACAUCCAACACACACCCUACUGUCCCUGGGAGGUUCGGAAAGGACUUAAUCAGAGAUAAAAGCUCCUUUACUGUCUGUCGGCCCUGGCAGAAUAAAUGGAGCACUUAAAGGCUCGGGAUGACGGGGGUGUCCAGGGGGUAUCUAGACAGUCCCUGUCAGUGCUUGCACAUCCUCUGAGAGGUUUGUGCUGCUUUUUUGUUGGGAUGGUGUGCGUAGGGCUUGGGUGUUAGGUUACAGAACAGCUGUAUACUUCUUUUUCAGCCCUCCAUGGAUGAAGGGCAGGCUUACAAAUUGUCCCAGACACAUUAAAAAAGCAAAUCUGACUUUCUUUGUGCUGAUUGCUCUGGGACUGAUUCCAAGACCACUUUCUUUGCAUUGUAAUUUAUUUAUAAUAAACCUCAAGUAAAUCUGCAGGGGGGGUGAACAAAUACAUUAAAAUCCUACUUGUGAUUUAUUAACACAUGAGUGCAUCUGAAAAGUGAAAGGCCUUCUGCACAUGCAUGUGUAAAUGUGAAUAAUACUUUAACCUUUUCCUUGCCUCCCCUGUGGUCCUUCAGGUCCUCGGCUACAUUACAUAUCCGUGUCGCCAGUCGCCGCGGGUUCUGGUAGGCUGGUGGACAUUCAGGGUUUCCAGCUCUCCUUAAACUGCUAACAUCCAGAGUACGGAGAGAUCUAAAUUUUUUACAUUAUAAUAACAAAUAGUUUCUUGAAGCAUGUGCUUAAAUGCUCACUCCUGCAGCCCCUUCCGCAGUUGGGUUGAGGUUCGACCCUGAGGGACGGCUGUCACAAUGAGCAUUGUCCUUGGAAGAGGUGUCCCGGCACAGUGCCAGUAUUUCACAGGACAGAGGGGGAAAAGUACCUUCUACCCAUAAUGCCUUUGUGUCUGGCCCAACCAUGUGAUGAGCCAAUGACACAGUGCAAUGAAGAAAACAUCUUUGGCAGCUCACCAGGAGCCAGGGCAUAUUUAAUUUUGGACUAAAGGGAAAAAUAAUCAUCUCCAUUAUGCUUUUCAGUACAGCGACCAUGGCUGCCCCCCUUUUUGCAGAUCGUAUUGGAUAUUUUCCAUGUUGUUUGGGAGGCUUUUGAGGACAGUUCAGACAAAGUCAAUUGGAGUAACUAUUAAUAAAAGAGCUUGGUAGUGCCAAGCUGUUCUGCCUGUGUCCAGGUUUUUUGUGUCUCCUGUUGUCCUUUUUCUUGCCAGAUUGUCCUUAACACACAGCCAGGUUUUCCUGCACUGGCUUUCAGCACUCACACGUGUUUAGAUGGAUGGUUUAGUUUUGCUUCUCAUUAGUAGAGCAUUGCAACUCCUUCUCGGUUCUCCUGCUAACCACUAGUUCCCUCAGGGUGACACAUAUAGAAAAGAUUAUUGUGAGAACAUGUGCUCCAUCCAACUUCAAGUUUUAGGUUCUUUCCAGAGCACCAUAUCUCCCCAUUUUUAAAAAAAGGAGCAAAAGAAAUUGCAGAUAUAUGGUUGCCUUGGAAAUAAUGUUUCAGCAUUUUUGCCCAUAUACAGGCCAAAGCCCAGACUUUUUCAGAUACAGUAUCUAGCUAUGGUCCAUGGUUACUGGAUGCUUUAAUAAACAGUUGUCGCCUUUGUCCUCAAGCCUAAAAGCCAACUGCUAUGAAACAUGGGUGACACCAGCCUUCUUUCACACCAGAAUUUAAGUUAGAUAAUAAAUGGCUCCUGGGAUUUUAAUUUUGAAUUUUAACAUUCCACAACCUUACUGUAAUUCACUGCAGCGUUGUGCUAAUGUUAAGCCUGGAGUUCAGCGGAUUUUGAAACCAC